CUCUAUGCUGUGAUGAACACAGCUGGAACCUUCUCCUUGUCCUACUGCGGGUCCAACGUGGUCCACCAGUUCUUCUGUGACAUCCCCCAGUUGUUGGCUAUUUCCUGCUCAGGAAAAUUUAUGAACAAACUUGUCCCCAUUCUCAUUACUGUGGUGUUGAUUAUCUUCUGUUUCAUUUUCAUCAUCAUUUCCUAUGUCCACAUCUUCUCUGCUGUCAGGAAGAUCCCAUCCACAGAAGUGGUGCCCCCCAACUUUAAUCCCGUCAUAUACAGUCUGAGGAACCAAACCUUGAAGACGGCUGUGGGGAGACUGAUGGAAGGCCAAUACUCCAAGAUGCUGAAACCGUCCCUGCUCCUGAGUGCGUCCACCUGACUCACACCUGCAGGACCUGAACGUGCC